UUGAAGCAAGUAUAAAUCCCAUCACCAUUCAAUAUGCAGCAAGCGGCAUUCACGUCCAAGAUUCCCACCGGGUCGUUAGUCCCAAAACGCUCUUUGGCCAACCGGGAACCUGGAGUGCAUGGAGAAUCGAAUGGAAAACGCUCCGUCAUCAAGCCAAUUUUAAAGCCAAACCAGAUGCAGCAGUGGAACGAGCGAAUGAUUGAAGAUGAAACGCCUCCACCUCUGGUUCCCAGUGAAGUAAUUCUCGUUGAUGAUGACGAGGAUUUGUUCGACUGGGAGCCAUUGGAUGCAACGGAGAUGGAGAUGGCGGUGUUCCAGAGAAUGAAGUUUGAGAGAGAUCUUCGGAAGGCGCAAGCAGAGAAUAUCAAACUGCGGCAGGAAAAUCAACGACUGAAAGCAACAAAAGGGGUAAGUUUUCUCAAUCGUUGUCGUUUUGAAUCCUUACUAUUAAUGAUAGGCGAGAUAGCGGAAUCAAUUUUAUGUUAUGGUUUUUGGUUAUUGUUGUGAGUUGUUAUUGUAGUCUUUAUUUUUGUUCGUUUGUUGCAUUCAGUUUUAAUAUAUUUCUGUAUUUUGUUGUGGUUUUUUAUUCAGAUUUCUGUAUUGUGGUUUUAGAUUUUUCCUUUGUUGAUUUUGAUUGAUUAGUUGUAGUGAUGUUUUUUUUGUAGCCUCUGCUUU